AAUUAACGGCAAAACAGUUGAUGUCACGAUACUGCACGAAAGGGAAGCUCUCGACACGAGCUCCAGUGAGAGUUACACGUCGUCACGUGACAGCGCGCAAAGUGGCUAGCUGUCGCAACCUGCCCCAACCACGGAAGUUUGCCUGGUGAGGCCGACAUCAGUAGCUCAGUGACGGGGCAUCAAAUUUCAACGACAACUCAUCUCUCCUCACCACAAUCACCUGCCUGAUCGCUCAAUCGAGCACGAGUCGCAGCGUCGUCAUUCAAUUCAGAGCAAAGAAUCAUCUACCUCCUAGAGCAUUUGCGUUGGAAGGUAUCUGAUUUGAUUCUGCCUAAUUCCACGCACCUCUUCCAAGGCCUCCUAUUAUCCGCUGCACCUACGAGAGCCAAUCCUUCCUGACCAGCAGCUACCAAGGUUAGCAAAGAUCAUUGGUAUAGCAUCAUACACUCCGUCACAUCUUUCUUUUUGGCUGCUAUUUUCGCUGGAGCGAGCAUAGCCGAAGGCAAUUUUUUUCCGUCUGCAGUUGUCCUUGGCCUUGGUCAGGCUACCCCCACUGGCAUUCCAGGUGUACUCUACAACGACACCAUCUGAAUACUAGCAGCACUCUCCUCCCAAGACGGCGCCCGAUCGCGGCCAAAUUUGCCUGUACCUACGCAAGCUUCAGGAUUAAUACGGUUCUGAACAAAACACUAAAACAGCCUAACUGCUGGUCUCAAAGGUAGUAUAGGCAGGCAAGUGCGCUAUCUCAGCCGCAGCCAACCCCGAUUAAUCAUCUAUCAUCUACUAGCGGAUAGGCUAUCAGGAUCGCCCACUCCUUGCUAGAUAACAUCGCAGCAAUGACAAUGACAGAGCCAUCCUCCGCUACGGAGUCAUUAGAAGGAAGCUCACCGGCCGAUACGCCCCGCCUGGCCAUCCCGACACCAGCUCGCAUCGCGUACGGUACGUUAUCUGCCAGUGUAAUUGGGUUUGGACUGGGAGCGAUGCAAGGCGGACAGAUGUCACAGCUGCGGUUCCGUGCGGAGCAUGCGCACAAGAUGCCAGAUACAACUGCAGGCUGGUAUUUCUACCACAAGUCCAAGAAUUACCACGCCAUGCAGGGCGGGCUCAUUGAGGGCAUGCGCAUGGCGACUAAGACAGGCUUCUGGAGCUUUCUGGCACUGAGCCUAGAGAGCACCGUGGACCGCUAUCGCGGAGGCAGCGAUAUGUUUUCCACGAUUAUAGCCACCCUGACAGUUUCGGGAAUGUUUUCCCUAGCACAUCGCUUUUCGCUGUCGACAGCAGCCCGCACUGCCCGCCUGGCGCUGGUGUUUGGGGUGUCGUAUGGUGGUGUGCAGGACCUUGUUGGCUUGGCCCGUGGCAGGCCGAUUGCCUACGUCGAAGCUCUCCGACGUCGGGUAGGCGCUCAAGACAGCGCUGCAAGCACCCUGCCGGCCCUGCCGUAGCCGUGCACUAGCCCCCAGCAGGCAGGCCUGACAGCCUGUAACACUGCCACGCGGUGCUCGCUCUUGCUGUUUCGGCGCUAUCCUUUGGGGCCUCCCACCCACAGUGGGUGACCGAUGGCGUGGCCGCCCCCCAAACUGGCUGCUGUCCGUCCCGUCCAAGCAGCAAGGCAAGAUGGGCGGUUACUGCAGGUUGCAGUGGACGCGGGAGAGGGACAACGGGAACCCACUGGGGUCAGCAGCGCCAGCCAAUGCCCUAUCGUACUGUGUAUCGAAUUUCCCACGCUCCUGGAGGCUUAUUUCCAGCGGGGAUCCGUCGCCUAUUUUUUUUCUUUAGUUGGCCGACGAUGCCAUGCCACUAAAACAUGCCCAUUGCAACAGCUGGCGAUGCAAUCUGCCACCAUCUGGGAUCUGGCAACGCUACGACCCCUAGCUAAUUACUAGCAUUGGGGGAAUGAAUACAAACCCUUGCACUCUGGACCUAAUUGAGAUGGGACGCGGGGAGGGAGCUGGGUAUUGUGAGGGAUGGAGCGAGAUGCAUCUUGCAUGGCGACGUGGAAAUUGCCAUUCUAUUUCCUUGACUAGCCGCCGUUGACAGGACCGUGGUCUAGAACUCAAGCAUCUGGGGCAUCUGGGCGACCACAUGACACAGGAUCCGACGCAAGCCAGGAUGCGCGCAGUCGCGGCGUCAACAAGGAAUUGGGGCAAUUAAUAAAGAGUCUUUAUUUUCCCGUCAAUUCCUGGUGUCAUAAUUCAUCCAUGCUGCGUGCUGGUGUUUUUUUUCUCGCGUCUUGGUUUUGCAUGGCCUUUGGUAGCCGGCGGGCUGCUUGUUCGCUGUUGUGUCCGCUUGCGGCCAGCUGCUGAGCAAGGUCCUCGUAACCACGCAGGCGGAAAUGAAUCAGUGCUUGGCAUAGCCCAGGCCCAGCUGGUACAGCAGACGUUCGCAUACUAUAUUUUCAUUUUUGAUUUGAAAAUUAAUUACUUGUUUCUUUGUGACCUUCCCUUCUCUCUGUAACUCAAUGCGAGGCUUCCUGCAGCGCCAAGUUGAUAGUGGC